AUGAGGCACUCCUUUGUCACUCUUUUCUCCAUUCUCACGUGCAUCGUUUACGGUCAAUUACCUGGAAUUUGGAAUCACAAUCUUUAUGGCUUUCGUCCUAACGUUGCGUAUUCACCUUCCACACUGAGCAAUUCAGCUCGAUUUUCCAUUGACGCACAACGCGACACCGUCAAACAGCCUGAAGCACGCGGUCUAUUUGUCCAUGCUAGAAUAGCACGCCUGGAACAAAAUUACAGAAAUUUAGCAGAAGAAUUUCGAACAAACUUAUCGAAUGCCGAUAAGAAAAUUACGGAUCUAAUCAACAAAUUAGCAAGUACGACGGAAGCUUUGGAUAAAACAGCCGAGCUGGCCAUCUCCAACGCGAAAGUUGCCGAGUUAGACACGAAUUUAAAAGACACUUCAACAUUGGCAUCAGACACGUCAACUGCACUAAAAACUUUACAACAGGAUCAGGCCGGUACGACGGAAGCUUUGAAAGUAACUACAGCCGAUUUGGCAACCACAAACACGAAAGUUGCCGACUUAGACACGAAAUUAAAAGACACUUCAAAAUUGGCAUCAGACACGUCAAGCGCAUUAGAUACUUUUAAAGAGGAGCAGUCCGGUGUGAACGCAAACACUGAGAUGCAAAUAACGAAUUUGCAAGGACAAAUUGAUGCAAUAACCUGCACCUGUAAAGCUGACGAUUUGACGACGGUAAACAGAAUCCCCGGUUCCUGUUCAGAUCUAGUCGACAUUGGUUACACAAAAAGUGGUCUCUACUCUGUACUGAACGGCAAACAAAUUCAAACCGUUUACUGCGAUUUCACCAAAAAUCCAUCCGAUUACCAGAAGGCGAUUGGUUAUCAAGACAUCAAAUCAAAGCCAGUAUACUUCUACGUACAGAAAACUCAAUCAUACUCAGAAGUUUCUGUUCCAAUUCCAUAUGAACUCACCAUAAUCAACAGCGGAGAAGCCAUGGAUGCAGCAAGCGGAAUAUUCACAGCACCCGUUGAAGGAACUUACUUUUUUUCAUUUACUGGACUUGCGCGAUUUGCGUCGUCAACUGAUCUUAGCGCAUUUAACGUACUGCUUUAUCGAAAUAGUCAAUCAGUUGCACGUUGUCAGGUGUUCGAAGUUGACGGUUUUGCUAAUGACGGUAAUCUAAAUCCAUUAGUUCUUCAAACGACUCUAACGUUGCAAGUCGGAGACAAAGUAUGGGUGCAAAGUGAUAUAAUCAUCGGAGGGAUUCUAAUCGACUUCAGCGACACCCAGUGCACGAAUUUCAACGGCUGGCUUAUAGAAGAAGAGAUCGCCAUUUCCUUGUAG